UAUUAUUAGGGAACAUUCCCUUAAUUAUAUACCUGUCUUGGGCAGCUAGAAUGGGCCUAGUGCCCGAAAUAUGCGGUGACCGUCAAGGUGUUCGGACGUGUAUACGCUGUGUUUGCGAUAUUUGUGCUAAAUUCGGUUGUAUUUUGCUUUAAAAUGCCCUGUGUUUGCGGUCAGAAAGUUGACCGCGGGCUGCCUAAGAUACGGUGUGAUAAUUGCAAUGAAUAUUUCCACCUUUCGUGUGUUAAAUUAUCGCAAGAUGAUGUUGAUUUUUUGCAAAAAACCAAUCACUCAUUUUAUUGUGAAAUCUGUACAAAACGGCGCCGCAAUUCUUUUCGUUCGCUGUCUCCAUCUCUUGUACCAACAAAAUCAGUAACGGAUUCAGUAAAUUCUCUUGCUGCUGCUGUUAAUCAACCAAAGCAACAGUCGCAGAAUGCGAACUCAACUAGUGUAUUACCAAGGUCAGAGAACGUAAAGCAUAAACAACAAUCGCAGAGUUUGAAUAUGAUGAGUGCAAUACAAAAACAAAACUUCGAUCACCCGAAAGCUACUGUAUUGGAGUCAAUGCUCAAGUCUGUGCUUGAUGAAGUCGUUGGUCUUAAAGCAGAGAAUUUGCGAAUGUUCUCUUUGCUGCAAACAUUGUACGAUGAUAAGAACAUCUUGUUAAAGAAAGUUGAUGAUCUCCAAGCUGAGCUGGGCACUUUGAUGAGUAUAAUACGCAAAAAAAACUGCACUCUUGCUGUGGACGCUGCUGAUAUUGAAAACAUCCCUCCGGCUGCUUCUGUUAUCUCUACUGUUGCUGGUACCAUUGCCGCUGACGCUGCUGCUGCCGUUGAUAACAUUCUCUCUACUGCUACUUCUACUAGCAAUGCUGCUCUGCCCACAACUAAUAUGCUCUAUUCAGAUGUCGUUGGUAAAAUUACUGCUGCUAAUACUAACGCUGAGACUGUGACUGUUAUGGCACCUGCACUCAACCGUUCUCAGCCUACAUCUUCUAUCGCAUCGAAGGCUCAGUUGCCUGCAGUUGGUGUUAGCGCAAAAAAUAUGAAUACUGUACAACAAAAUAAAUUACCCAAGCGUCGUAUUCUAGUUGUUGGAAAUAAUAAUAAUAAUGAUAAUGUCGAACUUGAUGUUGUUAUCAAAAAGAAGUGGGUGCAUGUAUCGGCUUUUAAGCCAACUGUGACUGCUGAUAGUAUCAUUGCUUAUGUAUCAAAAAAUUCUGGCGUCGAUAGCAAACAUCUUGCGUGUUUCAAACUUAUAAAGAAAGGUUCAUCUCUCGAUAACAUUCGCAGUGUAAAUUUUAAAUUUGGAGUUUUGCCAUCAUCUUAUGAGAAGAUUAUGAAUCCUAAUGUUUGGCCUUCGGGAAUUAGUAUUCGCCCAUUUCAAAUUUUUCAAAGGGAAGGAACCACUGAACCGACCAAAUAGCUCUGCAGAUAUAAAUUGCAAAUCUCGUAAUCUUAAAAUCUAUUUCCAAAAUAUGUCUGGAAUGCGUACUAAAACGAAGGAAGUGUAUUUAGCGACCUCGCGAGCUGAAUAUGAUAUUUAUGUAUUUGUCGAAACCUGGCUUAACUCAGACUUCUUUGAUGAAGAGUAUUUUAAUCCAAAUUUAUUUCAAAUUUAUCGAAAGGAUAGAGACGCUAUAAAAACUGGUCACCGUAAGGGCGGUGGUGUUUUAAUUGCCGUUAAAAGCUGUUUACGUUCUUCAAAUAUUCAACUAUUGGAUGCGGACUCUCUUAUUGAUCAACUGUGUGUGUGUAUUUUUGGCCUUGCUCGUAAAUUACUGGUAUGUGUGUCUUAUGUACCACCAAUUAGUACGGAUGAUCUGUAUAGUUGUCAUGUUAAUAAUAUAAUGCAUCUUGUUGAGCAUAAUGAGAAUUGUAAUUUCUGCUUCUUAGGUGAUUUUAAUCUCACUGAUUUGAAAUGGUCAUAUUUGCAAAACAAUGAUAUUUUAACUCCAACAAAUAUUAAUAGAUAGAUAUUUUUUCCAUUGAAGAUAAAAAUUGCGACUCUUUCGACUUUCGUGGUGCCGAUUAUAAUGAAUUAAAUGCUGCUAUUUCGGAUGUAAAUUGGAAGACUAUUCUGAAUUCGCAAGAUGUCUCUUUGUGCUUUGAAUCUUUUCUACAUAAAUUGACUGAAUUAUUCACUAAUAAACUUUCACUACUACCGCCUCGACUUCAUAAACUCCCGUGGUAUACUAAAAAUCUUAAAGCUUUAAAAAACAAAAGAAAUAAAUACUACAA